AUGGCGGCCGUCUGUCCCCCGCCAGCCACGAUGAUAACCACAGCUACCAACCCUGGGCAGGUCCGUCUCAUCUCAGGGCCAUUUGCAGAGGCCGAGUCCAGCCAGAAAUUCCACCCCAGCGUGGCCUCGGGUUACCUGAUGCUCUUUGUGCCCUGUGUCUCCAAUGCCCUAGUGUUUUCCGUCUGUGCCCUGCCCACUGGGUCAGCCUCGCUGCUUCCAUUUCAGUGCCGCUGGCUUUUCUCCCAGAAAAACAAGAUCGUGCAUGUGCUCAUGGGCCUCGUCUGUGCUGCCAGGAGACGGAACAUCGGCAUCUUCCAUCCGUCCUUCCGUGCGACUACCUACAUUCGAGAACAUCUCCACAGACACCUGCCAGCCAACGUCCACACGCUCGUCUCUGGCAGAAUGUGCGUCUCACUCACCAGAGUGUCUGAUGGGGAAAGUGUGCUGGUGUCUGAUUUUCAGUCCAAAGACGAAGUUGUGGAUGCCUUGGUUUGUUCCUCCUUCAUCCCUUUCUACUGUGGCCUAAUGCCUCCUUCCUUCAGAGGCGUGCGAUACGUGGAUGGAGGAAUAACUAACAACAUCCCCUUCUUUGAUUCCAAAACGACCAUCACCGUGUCCCCCUUCUUUGGGGAGUAUGAUAUCUGCCCUAAAGUCAAGUCCACAAACUUUCUUCAUGUGGAAUUAACCAAGCUCAGUUUGCGCCUCUGCCCGGAGAAUGUCUACCUUCUAAUACGAGCGUUACUUCCUCCAGAUCUCAAGGUGCUUGGAGAGAUAUGCCUUCGCGGGUAUUUAGACGCCACCAGAUUCUUGGAAGAGAAUGGCAUCUGCAGCGGGCCUCGGCCGGGCCCGAGUUUAUCUCCAGAAGAGUGGGGCUUCCUCGUGCCCCCCUCGGAACACACGGGGCCGGGGUCUCCCCCGAGGGCGGCUGCCUGGGGGACGAAGAUGGAGGGAGACGAGCUGCUGGACCACCUGCGUGUCAGCAUCCUGCCCUGGGACGAGAGCAUCCUGGAGACCCUGCCGCCCAGGCUCACCACAGCUCUGAGUGAAGGAAUUAAAAGCCAGCAGAGAUGCGUGAGCAGGAUUUGCAACUCCUUGCCAGUUAAGAUCUUGUCCUUUGCGAUGCUGCCUUGUACGUUGCCCGUGGAAUCUGCCGUUGCUGUGGUCCAGAGACUGGUGACGUGGCUUCCAGAUAUUCCUGAGGACAUCCGGUGGCUACAGUGGAUCACCUUGCACACGUGGUCUCGAGUGGUGACGCAUCUCUUCCCCACGCGCCAGACCCCAGGUACCGGCAAGCAGCCAGCGGCCUUCCCCGGGGAACACGAGGGCGUUUCUAGCCUCCUGGCUCCCUAG